AUGAAUAACCUUUAUAUAAAUAGACCAGUUGACCUCCGUGAUGCCAUAAUCAUUAAUUUUCCCACGCCAAGCCUCAAUAAGGUCAGCGAUAUCAACAACUUACAAAUACGACACUCCUGCUAUUUGAAAAUGUCUGACUCAACAGAUACAUUACCCAUUUACCAACAACCUCCAAACUACUCAAUUAAUGACCCUACUCAACAAGACGAUCCAGCUCAAACUAUGCUUCUGCAAUCUGAAUCGAGUCCUAGAGCCAAUGGUCGAUCCGCUCGAAAAGCAAUAUCAAUGUACCACGAGGAAUUUUGCUCAAAGCGCACCGUUUACAAUGCAAGUAUACACAUAAUGGGUGAUGCUGGUGUUGGUAAAUCAAGUUUGAUGUGGGCUUACAAAUACCCGGGAUUGCUAAUUCAUUGCCAACCGAAGCAAAACAACGAAUGCUAUAUGAAAAUGAAAGGACCAUACCCAAAUGACAUGCCGUUUCUACUAAAAAUACUGCAUUCAGUUGGAGAUGCGGAACAGGAGCAGGCUCUGAGAUACUUGCUUCCUAUUCCAGAUGAUAUUGUCUUAUUAUGUUUUGCAAUGAAUGAUCCUGUGAGUUUGUUCAACAUUCGUGAUAAAUGGUAUCCGAGGAUGAGACAGAUGAUGUAUUCAACAAAAGUACCCAUCAUUUUGGUAGGAACAAAAACUGAUAGAACCGAUGUGUUCCCACCAAUUGAUCAUAUGGAACGAAAGGCACGAAAAGUAGGAAGAGAAAUUGGGGCAAUUAAAUUCAUGACCUGUUCAGCAAAAUCUGUCUAUAAUGUUAAGGAUGUUUUUAAUUUUGCCCUUGAUCAUAUACAUACUAAAUGGGCCGCUGGAUUAGCCAAAAUUUAUGAGAAAAAUCUCUUGCCGUACGACUUUGAAGAUGAAGUAUUAAGGGAGGCAAGAUUUCCAAAGAAAGGUGGUACUGCUCGUGGCAUAUUUCCUGGAAACAAAGAUUUAAAGGGAAAUGGAUUACUAAACUCCAAAGCCGUCUCUGGUGAAACAAAUGUUAGAAAAAAGGAUCAGGGUGAACAACACUUUACUAGCGAAAAGAAAAAGAAAAAAGAUAACGGUACUUGUGUUAUAACGUAA